AUGGCGCCUACGGAAUCCUCAAUUCUGGGCAAUUUUCUGCUCUCACCGGCUCCUUUGCCGACGAUCAUGUCGUUACAGCAGUUUACUGAGCUCUUCCCAAAGCGUUUGCGGUCUCAUCCGCACAUCAGGGCGCUCUACCGCGAACUGCAAGAGCUACGGGAAAAUGACAUGGACCUCGUCAACGGUAACAUUGACAAGGAGGUUCGCCAGGGGGAGACCCAAAAAGCAGAGCUCCGGAAGUCCGUCGCUAAAACAGGGGUUGACGGACUCAGCUCUAGCGAUCAGCGUGAGAUGGAUAUGGAUGUCCAAUUGUUCGGACAAACAUCGUCUUCCGACUAUCAUUCACCAUCCAGUCUCCUGGAUGCCAUGGAGAAGGCCAUCUCGGACAUUGACCGUCAAGUUUCUGAGACCGAUGAGGAAGCAACAGCGAUCUUGACUACGCUCAACAACACGGUCGGAGAAAUGAGCGACUUGCGCUACGGCAAGAUGCAAGGCCCCGCCGGCACAAGCGGCGAAGACAUGGUGAAUGAAGCCAUCCGAGGCUUGGGUCAUCUGGAAGAUGCUGAUUCCAAAAUGCCAUCAAUACCCCUCCACCCUCGCGCGUCCAAUCCCUCCGCACGCGUCAACAAUCCCCUCCCCCAGCUUCUGCAAACCCCCUCCGGUCUCGCCCUCCUCGAGCUCCAAGGCACUAUCAAUAUCCCCUCGCAAGAAAACAGCGAAAACAAUGAGUCAUCAGGUUCAUCACCCGACGGUUCCGGCAAUCCCAAUGGUGCCCCCGUGUUUGAAACCCCCAUCGGCAAACUCAUGUUUCCCGAUUACUCCCCGCAGUUUACGGCACCAGACGAUACAAAAUGGAUGAAGAGGGUCUAUCUAUAUGUUGGAAGGUAUCAGCGAAUGACCGGAGAGGUCAAAAAGCUACCACAGCCACUUGCAAUUGUGCAGCGGAGACAGAAGGAAUUGGGUGCGGCCGCCGACGACAAAGAAGAGUUGGAGAUUGUCGAGAUCGUGAAGUACAAGAUCUACUUUAAGAGUAGGCCAGAGCCUGUCAAUGAUAUCUGA